AUGGAAUUUACGAUUGACUUAAUUGCAGAAAGAUCUGUACUAAGAGAGUCAAUUAAAGGCAUAAUAUGGACCAUAUUCUUUAAUCGACUUUUUGGACCAACAGUACCAUCAACAAAUGAGUUUCUAUCUAUAACUUAUCCAUUAGCAACAAAUUUACCUGAUCUUGAAUCUUUAAUAGAAGAAAAAAUAACUGUAUUUAUACGAACAAUUAUUGAUAAGAAACAAUUACCAAUAAAGGGAGUAAUAUCAAUACAAUUUUCAAAUAAAUCAUCAAAUUCAAAAAGAAAAAGUAGUGGUUGGUUUGGUAGAGAUUAUGAAUCUGAUGAUUCAAAGAUAUGGGAAACUUGGACUAUAAAUAUUGAAUGUUUACCAAUUAAAGAAGGAGUAUCAACUACUACAACAACAUCAGCAACUAAUAGUUCGGAAUAUUCCCAAGGCGUUGAAUUGUCGAUGAAAAGUUUUGAAUGUAAUUUGUUAAAAAUCUAUGAUAUUGUUGAUAGAGAAAAGGAACAUAUACCACCAAUAACAUCCUUAGAAACAUCACCAUUUCCAUACAGUAUAAACAUAUCAGAGUAUGGUAAGAAAUUGACACCAGAGAAAUCAAAUAGUGAUUCUGACGAAGGUUGGGGAACUUAUAUUAAGAAGAUACUUGAUUAG